GCGACCUCCGACGUUCCGGUCACCUCGCUAAGUUUCCAUCCGAAUCCAAAGCGCCACCACUCGAUAUCCCCCAUCACCCACCAGCACCACCAUCAUCAGACCAUCGUCGAUCAUCUCCUCAAAGCGUCGGAGUUCAUCGACGCCGGCGACCCCUUCAGCGCGCGUGAGAUAUUGGCGCGGCUCAAUCAAUUGUUACCCCUUUCCCCUCUCGGCCUCAAACCUUUGCUUCGAUCGGCAUUCAUCUUUAAAGAUGUUCUCAACGUUCUCCUCACGAGCAAUCAGCCCUCGGUCCCUGCGACUCCGGCCGAUGUCGUGCUCAAGCUCGGCUCCUACAAGGCUUUCUCUGAAGUGUCUCCGUUGAUCCACUUUGCAAACUUCACCUGCACGCAGACCCUGUUGGAGGAGGUCGGCGCCUUCGAUAGAAUCCACAUUGUCGACUUCGAUAUCGGCGUCGGCGGCCAUUGGUCCUCGUUCAUUCAAGAACUCGCCCACCGUCGUCCCAAUGCCGUGCCCUUCCUCAAGAUUACAGCUUUCGUCUCCGUUGCGGCGUUUCAUCCCCUCGAGCUCCAUCUCACCCGCGAAAACCUGUCCCAUUUUGCUGCAGAGCUCAACGUGCCCUUCGAGUUCUCGCUAAUUGCCGUUGAGUCCUUCAACCCGAAUGAGCUCCUUGCAGUUUCAACCCCCAACGAGGCCAUCGCCGUCAACCUCCCCUUCGGAUCCCAUUACCCUCAGCCAUUUCCGGCCCUCAUCAAACUGGUGAAGCAGCUGAACCCGAAGGUUGUGGUCUCGGUGGAUCAAGGCUGCGAUCGCGGUGACGACCUCCCCUUCGCCCACCACCUCCUCCAUGCGUUCCAAGCCUGCACGGUCCUGCUCGAUUCCAUCGACGCAGCGGGCACCAAUGCUGAUGUGGCGAACAAGAUCGAGAGGUUCAUAGUGCAGCCGAGGGCUGAAUGGGCUGCUCUGGGCCGCCACCGCGCUGCUGGCGUGACGGGUCCAUGGCGUGCGAUGUUCGGGUCGGCUGGAUUCGUGCCGUGGCAGUUUAGUAAUUUUACAGAGACGCAGGCCGAUUGUUUGUUGAAGAGGGUUCAGGUGAGGGGUUUUCACGUCGAGAAGAGGCAGGGGUCGCUGUUCCUCUACUGGCAGCGAGGGGAGCUGGGCUCGGUCUCAUCCUGGAAAUGCUGAUGAUUGCUGGGAGAACGCGGAGCGAUUUCAGGCACGCUAUCUUGUUACCUCUUAAGUAGUAGGAUUAAUUGUGCUGUGCUGUAUUACAUCACAGCGCUUUGUCUCGGUGCUCUAAUUGUUCCUCUGCUUUUUUUUUUUUGGUGUUUCCCUUCUUCUUCUUGGAAUUAAACUGUUGGCAGAAGACUAGCUAGUAGCGGUGGCGUUUAAUCGUCUGUGAUGUUUUUCAUGUUUAUGUCUUGUGGGUUAGGGUGAUUGUACAACUUGAACAGAUGCCGAUGAAUUUUAGCAGCCCAUGACUUCCAAUUUACCUCUGAUUAUGGCAUUUGAAAAGGUUUGUGCA